AUGUCAAAUAAAAUAGAAGAAGAGAAAGGGCCUGCUUAACAACCACAACAAGUACAAAAAAUUUUUGAUGAAGAUGAUGACGAUUUUGAAGAAUUCGAAUAAGAGGAUUUGGAAGUGAAUCAUGAUUUGAAAAUUGAUAUUAAGUAAUGGAGAGAGGAUUGGGAUGAUGAAGAUUUGACAGAUGAAUUUUCAAUUUAAUUGAAAUAAGAAUUAGCCCAAAAAUGA